AUGCAGGAAAGGACAGCAGUUGCACAAGCCUCUAAUUUAUCCUGUGUGGAUCCAGCUUACUUCUAUGAUCACACCAUUUGGACCCGCCAAGAAUCUAUUACUCAUUUGUUCUGCCCUUUGGAUAAUCAGAGCCUUCAGCUCCUUCAGUCCACAACAGACAUUAAUAUCCAGUGGAGCAAAGACUGUCACCCACUUAACCUCACUGCUUCAGGCCGCCUGCAUAGCACACUGAGGAACACAACUGCAUACCUCACCUUUGAGCAACCACAUGCCAGCGAUGCAGGCAACUAUACCUGCACACUCUACUUGAAUAGUCAAAGAAACAUCUCUUUCACCAUCCGACUGGAUAUGGCAGAUCCUUGCCAUGUGCUUCCCCAGUUCCUCUACCCUACUAGCAAUCAGACUUUGGAACAAGCAUUGGGAAGCCAGGUAACACUGAACUGCACGGUGCAGCUGCCCUAUAGUAGAAACUGUGAUCUUGACCUGCACUGGAUGAAAGGUGACCAGUGGUUAGACAAUACGACCUAUGCUGCUUUUUCUCAGUGGUUCUCUGAUAAUGGAACAGAGACAUUUGUUUCCAGCACAUUGGAGGUGAAUGUGACUACUGAUGAAAAUUAUGGAGUGUUUGCCUGCUUGAUUAGAAAUAGCAAAGCAGUCUUCACACUGCAAAAAUCAGCCGAGACUGCUGGGCACUUGGGUGCUGUAAUAGCAGCACUUGUCAUUGCAGUCCUGCUGCUACUAAUUGCUGUGAUGUAUGUGAAGUGCCGUCUAAAUGUGCUGCUGUGGUACCGGAACCAUUAUGGAGAACUGGAGAUCAAUGAUGGAAAGCUCUAUGAUGCCUAUGUGUCCUAUGCUAACUCAGCAGAUGACAGGAAGUUUGUGAAUUUCAUAGUGAAGCCACAGCUGGAGAAUCGUCAUGGCUACAAGCUCUUCCUAGAUGAUAAAGAUAUUCUGCCCAAUUCAGAACCUUCUGCAGAUCUGAUAAUGAACGUUAGCCGGUGCCGACGCCUCAUUGUGGUUCUGUCUAAUGCGUACCUGGAACAAGAAUGGUGCAGCAAUAAUUUCAGGGAGGGUCUUUGGAGACUGCUGGAACUGUCCCAGACACCAAUCUUCAUUGCUUUUGAGAGCCAGUAUCGGGAAAUAACACAUCCGGCCAUUAAUUUGCUGAAGCAGCACAAGAGCGCUGUGAUCCUGCUCGUAUGGCGUGCUGGAUCCAUGAUGCCGUCAUCUGAUUUCUGGAAGGAACUGUGCCUUGCCCUUCCUCGGAAAGUGUCUUACCAUGGCCUCAGGGGAGACCCCCAAACCCAUCUCCAGGAGGACAAGGAUCCCAUGCUGAUUCUCCACAGCAGUUACUUGGAUUUCCGGAGAGACUCCCAUCCUGAAGGAGACACUGCUAUUCGAGGGGCCAUUUUCAAAGGUCCCCCACCACAUUGUAUGACUGGCCCUGAUGGUCUGCCAGUUGGUGCCAUGGAAGAAGUUCAGCUUGGAGAAAAGCAAAGGAGUGAGAUAGACAUCUCUGAUUUGGGAUCACGCAGCUAUGAAGCAAGGACAGACUUCUACUGCCUAGUCACAGAAGAUGAUAUAUAA